AAAGAAUCAUCAUUACUAGAAAAACUGCCUGUCAACACAUCAUACGAGCUCGCACUUUUUUAUUCUCACUUUCUCUUCUCUUCGCUAUCAUAUUUAUUCCCAAUACUUUUAUUUCCUUCAUCUAUUGUUCCAUUCUUAGCUCUUCCUCCUUUCCUCUCAUCUGGGUUUUAUUUCUUCCAUUUGCCUUUUAUUGCUUCAUCUGGCUAAUUCCAAUUCUUUUAUUAUAAAAGAGUUGCCACUUUUCACCAAAAGGAGCUUCCCCAUUGCAAUACAACUAAAAAAUGGGGUUCCGCUUCCUGACGCUCAUCAGGCCUUUCAUGGCCGUCAUUCCUGAGGUGGCAGCGCCCGACCGCAAGGUAGCGUUCAACCAGAAGGUUCUGUGGACAGUCAUCACGCUGCUCAUCUUCCUUGUUCUAUCGCAGGUUCCCCUGUAUGGUAUCAUGUCGUCCGACUCCUCGGAUCCCCUGUACUGGAUGCGUGUCAUUCUUGCUUCGAACCGUGGUACGCUUAUGGAGUUUGGUAUCACGCCGAUUAUUACUUCGGGUAUGAUCAUGCAGCUGCUUGCCGGAGCCAACUUUAUCUCUGUUGAUUAUUCGCUGCGCGAAGACCGCGCGCUGUUUUCGGGAGCGCAGAAGCUGUUUGCCAUGCUGAUUACGUUUGGAUCGGCAACUGUUGCGGUGAUGACCGGACAGUACGGUGAUCCGAAGAGCCUCGGGGCGGGUAUUUGCCUUUUGCUUAUUAUCCAGCUGUUUGUUGCCGGAGUCAUUGUGAUUCUUUUGGACGAGAUGCUGCAGAAGGGCUACGGCUGGGACAUUGUGUGGAAGUCACUUUCGCCCCUGACGGUGAACAACGGCAAGGGUCCUGAGUUUGAGGGCGCGAUUGUUGCGUUCUUCCACUUGCUGUUUGUGCGGUCGAACAAGUUCAAGGCUGUGUACGAGGCGCUGACGCGGUCGAGCCUGCCUAACCUGACCAACCUUGUGGCGACAGUGCUGAUGUUUGCCGUGGUUAUUUACCUGCAGGGCUUCCGCGUUGAGAUUCCGAUCAAGUCGGCGCGGUUCCGUGGCCAUCGCGCAACAUUCCCUGUCAAGCUUUCUACACUCGCUUUGGCGUCGAACGUAUUUAUGAUCUCGCAGCUGCUGUACCGGAGAUUCCCCGACAACCUCUUGAUCAAGCUUUUCGGAGUGUGGGAGCCGUACCAGGGCUCAUCGCAGUUCUUCCCUACAUCCGGGCUGGCAUACUACAUGACACCCCCGAGGUCAUUUGUCAAGACUCUGAGCGAUCCCAUUCACUUUGUGCUUUACGUCGCGUAUAUGCUGACUGUGUGUGCGGUUCUGUCGCGCACAUGGCUGGAUGUUAGCGGGUCGGGACCUCGGGAUGUCGCUCGGGAGCUGCGUGAGCAGCAGACUGUUAUUGCCGGGUACCGCGAUACUUCGAUGUAUAAGGAGCUGAAGCGGAUUAUUCCGACGGCGGCGGUUGUCGGUGGAGUGAUUAUUGCUAUUUUGUCGAUUUCGGCGGAUCUCUUGGGCGCGAUUGGAUCGGGCACGGGUAUUCUGCUGGCGGUGACUAUUAUUUACAAUUACUUUGAGACGUUUGCCAAGGAGCAGGCAGAGCUUGGCGGCAUGGGUGUGGCCGGCAUGUAGGAUAGAAAGUUAUUUUAUUUAUA